AUGACAUUAGUUUUAAAGGUAAAUUGUCGGGCCUGUAAUCGAGAAUGCGGCGAUUACAAACACCUGAUGGAUGAGACGCUAAUCGAUGAGGAGGCCACAACGCUGGCUGCCCUACUCAACUAUUGCACCACAUUGGAUUGUUUUGAUGGCAAUGAAGACUUCUCCCUGCCCGAACACAUUUGCAAUAGCUGUGUGGAACAUUUGCUACAAGCGUACCUGUUCAAAGAAAUGGUUCUACAAAAUGAUCGUGAUUUGAGGGAACGUAUCAAACGGGAAAUGGAAGAGGCACAAUCGAAUCUGGAAAUAGAUCAGGUAAUACACGAAGGUGAUGAUGCUGGCAGUGAGGUGGCCAGUGAAUUGAAACAAUGUGAUGAUUAUGUGGAACAGGAAAUUGAUGUUGGCGAGGCGGAAGAGGAAAAUUUAAAGGGUUUUCCGCCAGAGGAGAAAGUUGUGGAAAAACCAAAAUCAGUGAAAAAGGUUGAAAAGCAUUCAGUGGUGGUGGCUGAGAAAAAGAAGCCAGAGAAGAAAAAGGAAAGCGUGGAGAAAAUGGAAGUGGUAGAAGAGUCUAAGGUGGAAGAAACGGAAGAGGAUAUUUUGGAAUAUGAAAUGGUAGAAUGGUUGGAAAUAGAUGAAGAGAAUUCCACAGUUACGGAUGAGCGGCCGGAAUCAUCACAACAAGAUGUCGAUGAACAGCAUUUUAUUAAAAUCGAAGCCAACGGCGGUGAGGGUAGUGAAUAUAUAACACCGGAGGAUGAGGAAGAACACUUUGAAAGUGCCGACUCCAUAGAUGACAGUAAGGAUUAUGAUGAAAAGGAGAAUGGUAUUAAUCAACAAUCGGAAAAAGAAACAGAAGAAGAUGAGGUGAAAAAGGUGCCAAGAAAGAAAUUUGUUAAGACUGGCGGUUUGACCGAGGAAGACCUAAAAUGUCAGUAUUGUGGCAAACAAUUCGAUAAAAUGUGUCGUCUGCGAGAACACACCUAUGUCCAUACGGGAGAAAAACCGCACGUAUGUCAAAUAUGCGGCAAACGGUCGCGUACCAAGACCCAUUACAACGUUCACAUGUUGACCCAUAGUGAGGAGAAAAAAUAUCGAUGUGAUAUCUGUGGACAACAUUAUCGUACCUCGACCAGUCUACGAGUACAUGAACGUAAACAUUCUGACAUACGACCAUAUGCCUGCCCGAUUUGUGAUAAAUCCUUCCAUACUGCAGAACAAAAGAAACUACACGUUAUGAUACAUACAGGAGAAAGGCCGUAUAAAUGUGAUAUCUGCGACAAGGCCUAUCGAGAAAGUCAUUCCCUGAAACAGCACAUACUGACACAUGGUGACAAGAAACCCUACCAGUGUGAUGUAUGUGGUAAGGGUCUAACCCAAAUGUCCGGUUAUAGACGACACAUGCUGCUGCACACCAAUGAAUAUCCCUACAGUUGUGAUAUCUGUGGUCGGCCGUUUAGAAUCUCUAGUAAUUUAGUGGCCCACAAACGUCUUCAUUUUGAUACGCUACCCUAUCAAUGUACAGUCUGUUCAAAGGGUUUCAAUAAUUCAACAAGGCUAAAGAAACAUAUGCUACAACAUGAAAAGGAAUCGACCAAAGAAUCGUUUAAGCCACGUAAACCACGUCAGGAUCCCAUAGUUGUCGAUACGAAAAUGUGUAAAUCAAGAGUUGUGGAGAUUAUUUAAU